GGGGGGUAAACGCGCUGCCAGUCGUUCGCCCGCCGUCGCUUGCGCACCACGCGUCGCGCGGCUCAGUUUUCCAACGCGGAAAAAAUCUGUCGCGCGUGUGACGGGGACGCCGAAAAACUAUUUUCGAAAAAAAGAACAUCUUUUCGCGCCUUUUGUGAAUACAACUAAUCUGUGACUUUUCUUUUUUUAAUUUUCUUAACGAAGGAUUUUUGCGUUCCGUUUUUUUUUUCAAUUUUUUCUUCUCGUUGUUUUUUCAAUUCGAAGUGAUGGAUAAAGUGCAUGGCUGAAAAGUGUACAGAAAGUGUUUGUUUCUCCUGCCCCGGCCCACCCUCUCUCUGAAAUCGGGUUCCAGCAUGGAUUCCCCGCCGCUCGUGUCAGCCCCCUGGCUGUCUACCAUCGUCUUCCUUUGCUCCUUCCUAUCGACUUACACGCUCAACACUAAGAUCCACGAGCACAUGACGGCAGACGAACUUCGAAACGUAUUCCACGUAGAGCACCACAGCUUAGUACCAGACUACCACUUAGUGAGCCUAACCCACCAUCUAGCCAGGCGGAACAUCCCCACCAGCCAUUCAACCAACUCCCACUCCACAAACCCCUCGAAAAUACCACACGAGAAGACCCAGAACAGACCAUGGAAGAAGGAGAAGAACCUUCCAUCUUUACUAAACGACGAAAUGUUCGUGAAAGCCCGAGAACAUAUUAAAGACGUGGACAUAAUUGGUGAUUUGAACAACACGGUCAGUGUGGAGUUCGGUGUGUCGAAUUCUAGUGAAGUUAGUGAUAAUGUGAACAGUGGUAGUGAUGAAGAUCAGAUAGCCGAAGAUCAGGAGCACGUCGCUGAUGACCAAGAAGAGGAUGUGCACAAGAUUGAUUUGGACGCGUUCGGGAAAAAGAUGAAUUUGGUGCUGAAGAAACAGCAGGGGCUUUUCAAGAAGGAUGGCCUGAAAGUGUGGAAGGCGAUGACGAAUGAAUCGCAGCCUCAUGGGGUUGACUACGAGGAGUUGGCUACGGAAGAUGAAGAGGAACUCGGAGAAUUAUACCAGGACGAGGCCAACGGAGCAGCCCUGCUGAUCAGACGGCAUCCCAAGCUCGGGAAACUUGUGGUGGAGGGCUCCAUAGGCCACGAGCUGGUGAUCCGGCCGAUCCCGGACUCCAUGACGGCGGCCGCGCAAGACGACGAGAUGUUCCUGGACCCGGCCAGCAUGGCUGACAUGGUCUCCAUAGACACCGGCCGUCCUAUCAUGAAAAGGAAGCGGGAAGACCAGCAGCUGUUGCAGCGAGCACUGAACGGCGCCCGGCACGUUAUCAUCAAGCGAGAGCCUGCCUCCGAUGAUCACCUUGGCGAUUAUGCGUUUAUGGAGCCUGACCACCUAAGCAAGAGAUUUAGAAGGAAACGCUCGGCUGCAUCACACUCCAGGAGCAAGCGAGACGCACCCUAUGUCAUAUACCCUGAGAUAUUGGUCAUAGUCGACUAUGAUGGUUACAGAUUGCAUGGUGGCGACAACGUCCAGAUCAAACGCUACUUCGUGUCGUUCUGGAACGGCGUCGACCUGAGGUACAAGCUACUCAAGGGGCCCCGGAUAAGGAUAUCCAUUGCCGGCAUCAUCAUAUCCAGGGGUCGAGACGCAACGCCAUAUUUGGAGAGGAAUCGUGUCGGCCGUGACGCCAUCGACUCGGCCGCCGCCCUUACCGACAUGGGCAAGUAUCUCUUCAGAGAGAGAAGACUGCCCGUCUACGAUAUCGCCGUCGCCAUCACGAAACUAGACAUGUGCAGGCGACAAUACGCGAACGAUGCUUGCAAUAGAGGGACGGCAGGGUUUGCGUACGUCGGCGGCGCGUGUGUCGUUAACAAGCGGUUGGAGAAGGUCAACUCUGUGGCCAUCAUUGAAGAUACUGGUGGCUUCUCCGGAAUCAUUGUGGCUGCUCACGAAGUCGGACAUUUACUGGGCGCGGUGCAUGACGGCAGCCCUCCCCCGUCGUACCUAGGCGGGCCGGGUGCCGAGAAGUGUCGCUGGGAGGACGGCUUCAUCAUGUCUGACCUCAGGCACACCGACAAGGGGUUCCGCUGGUCCCCCUGCAGUGUGCAGAGCUUCCACCACUUCCUCAACGGUGACACGGCGACGUGUCUAUACAACUCGCCGCAUGAGGACGAGUCGUUGCCGCGCGUGUUGCCGGGACGACUGCUGACACUCGACGCGCAGUGCAGGAAGGACAGAGGCACCAGCGCGUGCUUCAAGGACGAGCGUGUUUGCGCGCAGCUGUUCUGCUUCGAUUCAGCGAGCGGGUACUGCGUUGCCUACCGCCCCGCCGCCGAGGGAUCGCCCUGCGGCGACGGACAGUACUGCAUCAACGGGCGUUGUAUAACGGAGCACGAGAACAUAAUCCCGGACUACUCGCAGCACACGCCCAGCUACGUGCGCCCCGAGACCAGCCCCUUCUACGGGAACAUUACUAGUUACGAAGAGACCACACCUUACGUACCACCCAGUAGUGCACACACAGAAAAGUAUAGUAUCAACACAACAGUAUCAACAACGACAGAGAGGUACACAACAACAACAACAACAAGGAAACCGUAUCAAUACACGACAGAAAAAACGACACAAACGCCCAGCACACACCCACCGUCGAUCAACAAAUACUCCAUAUCGACGACGAGAAGUCCUUACGACUUCAAAGAUUUCUAUUUAAGAACAACGAAGACUACACCAAAAAGCGAACCGAAAAGAGGUUUCUACAACAAAGAAGACUUCGACAAUUACUUCAAGCCGACGACAAAGAGUCCUUUCUCGGACAAGAGUGUGAAAUCGGUUUUCAAAUUCGGAACUUACUAUUCGAGAAAAUCGAACGACAACUCCAUAAGGCCAGACGCUAAUUCGCAACAAGUCCAAAUUGAACCAGCGAGACUCGUACACUCGUAUACUAGGAAUUUGACAACGGGCGAAGUGAUACAGCAAUAGAGAUUAGCACUUAUCGCCGCCACUAAUGUUAGGAGCGGGCCGAGCACAGAAAGACUGCCUCGCCGGCGACGUCGGUCCCGCACACGCGGCCCAGCGCGGACGGCCGCGCCGGCUCUAGAUACCAUAUACAGUUGGUCACCGCACAUCCCGAGAACAAAUACCCCCUCAACUAGAUUUAGCCGCGAAAAACUGGCUUCCAGUGUUAACAAAUCGAAGAUAUUUGCAAAAUAACCGCGACAAACUGACUUCCGGUUUUGAGAAACCUUAGAUUUUGCAAAAAAGCCGCGAUAUACUUGGGUACCAGUGUAACGAAAACGAAGAUUAUUAUGAAAUAGCCACGACAAACUGGCUUCCGGUGUUAAGAAAUCGAAGAUAUUGCGGAAAUAUCUCACCAUUUUUUUAAUGUGUACUUGGAUCAGCCGGUGUCGAGAUUUUAAUGUUUGGCUUUUUUGAACAAGUAUUUCAUUACGACGCAAUGUCAUUGAACUUUUGUUGUAUUGUGUUUAAAUAGCAAUUGAAAUUUACUGGUUGUUUUUAGCAAGUAUUUCGUUACGAUUCAAUGUCAUUUUUUGAUAGUAUUGUGUUGAAAUUGCAAAUUUUCAAUAUUUUUUUGUAAUAUUAAAUAGCAAUUUUGUAAUUGACAGUACUUUGUUAAGAAAAAACUGACAUUGUUAAUUAUGAAUGAAUUUUAAUUUUUGACAUCACAAAUGAUAUUGUGAUAAAAAAGCGUAAAAUAAUAUAUUUUCCUUAGUUUUUUAUUUUCAUUAAAUAGUUGAAAAUAUUGAAUAAGUAUAUGUAGUUUCUAUUUUAUUUACACGUUUUCUUAUAUUUCUAAAUUGUAAUAAUAUUAUAAUUGUUUGUAAAUUAUGAAAAGAUACUUAUUUUUAUCUGUACCUAUAUUAUAAAAAAAUACUAUGUACUUACAACGAAUUUCACAAAAAAUAUCUCUACAACUAUAUUGAUGGAAUUCUAUUUAAUGUAAUUUUAUUUAUGUAAUCACAACGAAAUAUGUUGAAUAAUAAUGUGAUAUAAUAUCGAACAAGUACGUUUAUAAAAUAAGAUCAAGCAGAUGACGACAAUUUUGCUUGUUUUUAUUUCAAUGACUAAUUACAGAUUUGUAAUCAUUUUAAUUACAGCGCGGUACCAACCUACCUAUGGGAUGUGCGUUUAUGUGUGUGCGUUAAAUGUGUCUGAAGACGUUAAUAAAGUGUCGGGCACAACUCUAUGAGUGAUAUUAUGUGAUUGUCUUACUUUAAAUGAACUCUAAGUACAUGUAGUUUAGUUAUAAAAUCCCCUGACAAUAAUGUGAGUGAUCCAAUCAUGGUUAAUGAAACUAGAAUACUCCACUUUUGAUGUAUAAAUAGCGUUCGCUAUGUUGUGAAGAGAAAAACUGCCAAGACGUGCCUUUUAUACAUUAUUAUUUGUUAAGAGCAAAAAGUUACAUAUUUUUGCGUAAUUAGUUACAUAGACGUUUUUGUUUUUUUAUAUAAAUUAAUAAAUAAAUCGUCUUAAGUGCGACUGGUUCGCGACCCAACGGCGACAUUUUAUUUUUCGCUAUUUCUACGUAAGUAAAUGAUAAUUAUUACUCGGAUUUUGUCGAUUAAUUGGAUUUUAUUUUAUUUUUAUUAUGAAAUUUGACAGCCCCUGUUAUGACGUUACUAAGCGUUUUAGUAAAACUAUUUAUGUGACAUUAGGUCUAUAAUUUUAAAGUUACCAAUAGAUUAAAAAAAAUGUUGUAAAAAAAAGUUUUUUUUUUUGGUGAUUCAGUAACUUCUCGAUAUAGGAGAAAAUGUUUUCUUUCCUUUAUUUUUUGUUUUAAACUGAUACAUCACUUGCCGUUAACUAUUUAUUAUGUUCAAGCUAUUUAUGUAUAAAUCAAUUCUUGUAACAUCACGAAUGUCUAAAUUUUAAGAAAAAAAUAUAAAAUAACAAAUUUUG